CAAAACAACAACAACAGAACCUCACUUUUCGCGUGGAAGUGGAGAAGGGAUUAGUAGUUUAGUAGUUAUCGUAAAAUGUCAAGUGACAUUUCUUUUGGGAAAAAUUGAAUGAAAAAUCGCAAGAUAUGAUCAUUGAAAAUGAAGAACGUGGCAAAAUCUUUGUAAAGUAUUAUUAUAUUACAACAUCUUUUUGAGGGACCACCCAAUUCAUUUUCUCUAUUCUUCAUAUCCUUAGCAUGGCUAAGGAUGGUAAUUUGGAUUUUAAAAGUCUCACUGCAAAAGAAGUCAAUUUAAAUAAUCAUUCUGCUCAAGAAAUUGAAGUUGCGUGUUAUUCUCGAAAUCAGGCAAUUCUAUAUAUAAGGAAAUUUAAUUACGGAAGGGCAUUAGCUCAUCUCUUUGUUGCUCUACGGCUCAUUCCAGAAUGGCGAGAAGAGCUACGUAAUGUGUUUUGGCAAUCUUUAAGUUUCGGCUGUCAAGAGCUAGCAUGUAAAGGGAGAUUGCAUGAAACUAUAUCCCUUAGAAAAGAUGCCCUUCUUUUCUACCCUGACGAUGAAAUUAUGUUAAUGGAUCUUGGUUCAACUUACUUUAAGCUGGAUGACACAGAACAAUCACUUGAUUAUUAUCAGAAAGCACUUCAAGCCUGCCCUAGUUUGUUACCAGCCUCAAGAGCUAUUCAAUCGAUUUAUAAUAAACAUGUUGAAAGAUGGCACUUUAGAAUGCUGAAUGAUGGCGAAAGAAAUGGUGCCUAUCACAAAGCUAUACUUCAUCGUCUGCAUGAGGGUUAUUCUACGGUUCUUGAUGUAGGUACAGGCACAGGCCUGCUAAGUAUCUUUGCAGCUGUAGGAGGGGCAGAGAACAUUUGGGCUUGUGAGUCAAACAAAUUCAUAUUUAAAAUUGCUCAGUCUGUCCUUGCAGCUAACAAUGUUUCUCACCGGAUAAAUCUAAUCAACAAGCACUCAAGUUACAUUUCCAUUCCAUCGGAUAUUUCCGAGAAGGUUUCAAUGAUAAUCACUGAAGUGUUUGAUGCUGGUCUUGUUGGUGAGGGUGUUUUGCCAAUGCUUUUACAUGCUUGGGAAAAUCUUUUGAUCCCACCUACAGAAGUUACAUCAAAUUGUAAGGAACCCUCAAAAAAUAAAGGCGGCAUCGUUCUACCGUAUAGUGCAACUGUAUGGGUUGCUGCUAUUCAGUGCAUAAAUAUUGCCAGGAGGCAUCGCUUGCUACCAAAUGUUUGUCUUUGUUGCUCUGAUGAAAAUACACCUUUGAGUUUUCACUAUGGUAAAAUUGAGCUUUGCAAGUUUUGUGAAGCCCCUCGCAAAUUUGAGCCGGAAGAUAUUCUGUAUCAUCUUAAUGGAGUUUCCGUUGCCUCGGUUUUAUCUGAGCCAUACACCACUGAAGAUUUGGAAAAUGUUGCUUUUGGCUAUGAACUUUUAUCAAAACCAGUCAAGGUUUUUGAAAUAAAUUUUAACAGUAUAGAGGAAUUGAAAUCCUUUAACCAAGGGAGACUGAGGAAUGCUCCUAUCUUGAUUAACACUAAUGGAUCUGUUGAUGCCAUAGCCUCCUGGUUUCAUCUCAACUUGGACAAUAAUGGAACUGUUAUUUCCACCGCACCUUUCAAAGAAGAGGGUCUUUAUCAUAGUGUUUGUUGGCAUCAGGCCAUAUUUCCCAUGCCAUGUCCAAGAAAAGUUUGUCCUGGGAAUGAAAUAAACCUUCAACUACAAAUAAACAAGGAUGUUUUUGAAAUAACAGAUCUUGGAUUUGCUGCUGGACAAGAUGUAAGCCCCGACCAUCUGCUUUUGGUAUCGGAGAAGAUAAUAUCAUUCCUGAACAAUAAGACCUGGAUGAAAGCAUUGAAUACAGCAGCUAUUGGCCUGCUUCGAGAUUUUAACCUAGACUCAAGUUCGAACCAUAAAAUCCUGGACCUUAGUCCAUUUCCUAUACUUGGAUUAAGAAUUCUGAAAGACUUUAAGAACUGGAACCUCGUGGCAAAUUGUGAGACACAGAUGGAUGAGGAGUACAUUCGAGCAGUUGCAAGAAAUAAUUCUAUUGAGGAGAGGCAAAUUCAAUUUGUAAGAAGUGAGAUUUUAGAAGAGAAAAUAGCAGAUGACUACUUUAAUGUUAUCUGUAUUGACAUUGUGGACCCAUCUGGUGAGCUUUCAGAGCUCAGUUUAGAAAGAAUCCCCUUUUUACUGAACAGACUUUCAGCAAAUGGAUACAUGGUACCUCAUUCACUGUCAUUUGAAUGUCAAUUGGUGGAUAGUGACAAGCUAGUCUCACAGUCUCAAGUUAAAUCAGAUGAGAGCAUGCAAAAUUUUAAUAUAACUGAAUUCAUGAACAAAUUCGCUGUUGACUAUCAUUUGCACACGUCAAGACAAGGACUGCAUUGUAAGCCUCUGUCCGAUUGUUUUGAGAUUUUUCAAAUGAGAGUUGAUUCUAUUUGUGAGAAAAACUUAGAGGAGAUAUCAGUUACUACAACUGAUUCUGGCACAGUUGCAGGCAUUCUGUACUCAUUUAACUUGGUAUUGCGUCCAGGAAUGAGACCAAUAUCAACUUCUUGUCAAGAUUCUCAUUAUGAUCAGGCAGCAAUAUUAUUCUCUCUUGAUGUGCUCGCUGGCACAGAGAUUACUUUGAAAUGCCUCUUUUGGUCCGGUUUACUUGAUAUUAAACCAUCAACUGAAGUGUUUACUCAACAAAAAUAGGUCAGGAAAUGUAUUCUAAUAUUGUAUGAAAUUUAGUUUGAGAAUACCAUGUAAUAAUAAGUGAGUACUGGUGUAUGAGGGUUGUUAUAAAUUCAAGCAGAAACAUUAGCUGAGAUGCAUUGAACUGUAUUUAUCAAAAUAGAUUUUUUUAAGCCGUUUGCUUAAAAUUCGCACUUGCAUAAAAAUAUAAUACAAAAUUGCCCACAUUGGUCAUGUAAUAGUGUGUUGCUAUAAUACUGAUUACAUUAUUUUAUUCAUUUGGUCCAGAGGAACAA